AUAUAAAUAUUCUAUCUCUGUGAAGUUAACAUAAAACCCUUAUUCUCUUCUAGGAGAAAGAUAAAAAAUGUAAUUGUUUUCCCAAACCUGAAAUAUAGUGGAAAAUGGUGGAAGAAAAUUGCACCAUGGUGACAGAGUUCAUUCUCCAGGGAUUAUCAGGUGUCCCUGAGCUGAAAAUCUUCCUCUUCCUGUUUUUACUUCUAAUCUAUGGAGUCACAGUUGUGGGCAACCUGGGCAUGAUUGCACUGAUUCAGGUCAGCAGUCAGCUUCACACCCCCAUGUACUUUUUCCUCAGCCACUUGUCCUUUGUGGAUUUCUGCUACUCCACCGUCAUUGUGCCUAAGACACUGGACAAUAUCAUCAACAAGGACAAAGCCAUUUCUGUCCUGGAAUGCAUGGUACAAUUCUAUUUGUUUUGUGCUUAUGGAAUCACUGAGGUCAUCCUGCUGGCUGUGACGGCCUAUGACCGGUUUGUGGCUAUCUGCAACCCCCUGCUGUACAUGGUCAUCAUGUCCCAGAAGCUCCGUUUGGAGCUAGUGUCUGGCUGCUACCUGUGCGGAACAGUGUGCUCUCUGAGGCACUUGUGUUUAGCUCUUGAGAUCCCAUCCUAUCAAUCGAAUGUGAUUAACCACUUCUUCUGUGAUCUACUCCCUCUCUUAUCUCUUGCCUGCUCUGAUGUCUCUAUGAAUGAACUGCUGGUGUACAUUGUGACCAUUGUCAAUGAGAGCAUCACCAUUGUGGUCAUCCUCACCUCCUACUUGUUCAUUCUUGUCACCAUCCUGAGGACGCACUCUGCAGAGGGAAGGCGUAGAGCAUUUUCCACCUGUGCCUCUCACUUCACAGCCAUAAUUGUCUUCCACAUAACAAUCCUUUUCAUUUAUUGCAGGCCCAGCUCUAGCAACAGUCUGGACACAGACAAGGUAGCCACAGUGUUCUACACUGUAGUAAUUCCCAUGCUGAACCCCCUGAUCUACAGCCUGAGGAACAAGGAUGUGAAAGAAGCUCUCAGGAAAGUGAUGGGAUUUAAUUUACUCACCAAGGGGCCAUUUUCUUAGCUGGACUUAACCAAAAAACUCAUGGUCAUUGAGUUGAUUCUGACCCAUAGUGAGCCUUAACCACUGUACCACCAGGUCUCCUAGCUGGACUUAGGGUUUCAAAAAGGACCUUUAAGAAGGGAUUUUUGUUUGAGUGAAAAUCAAUGAAAUGGAAAUCCAGGAAAGACAUUAGUGAACCAGGGUACUUUGCAUGAUUCUUUGUUCUCUACUCACGUUUUAGAUUUCUCUUAAAUUCCCAGUAUUAAACAGAACAUUGUUCAAAUGCACCUACCACCUUUUGCUGCUGUCCUCUGGUCUCUCUGAGUAUUUUGCUUGGGCUUAAGAUGGCACUAUUAAGCCUCAGUUUUUUUGGUUUGUGUUAAACCAAUAUAUUUCCAGCAAAGCAAAAAUAAAGAGACAUGUCUUUCCAAUGCCCUUAAUGCAUGUAACCAUUCUUACUGAAUUCAAUUCCU